CAUGCAUUAACAGUAACAAAGAUCAUGAGGAUCAGUUUCAUAUUAGCAUUUCCAAUUUACAUGUGUCUUUGCAUGGCAAAAGACACUGAUAAUCUCUAUGAUGUUUGUCCUACCGAUAUUACGCGCAAAAACAUCUUCAUAAAUGGCUAUCCAUGCAAGAAUCCAGCAGAAAUAACUGCUUCUGAUUUCAAAAACUCUGUUUUGAGCAAGGAAGGCGACACAGAUAACUUUCCGCGUUCAUCAACAACAAUAGUCACCGCUGCGGAGUUUGCGGGGCUCAACACUCUCGGGUUAUCUGUUGCCAGGACUGAUCUGGAUAUAGAUGGCGUGGUAGCGCCACAUGCUCAUCCAAGAGCUUCCGAGAUGAUGUUUGUUGGCAAAGGAAUAGUAAUUGCUGGAUUUAUCGAUACCAAAAGCCAAGUAUUCCAAAAGACUCUUAAAGAAGGCGAUGUUUUUAUUGUCCCUAGAGGACUUCUACAUUACAACUUGAAUUCCGGGUUCGAAUUAGCCACUGUGUACUCAGUGCUAAGCAGCCAGAAUCCUGGUUUAGUGAGUAUAACAGAUGCAAUAUUUGCACCAAUUGUUUCGGAACCCAUGAAUGAGCUGAUGAAGAAGCUAUUUUUGCGUCCAACGUUGGGGAUGGAUCUGAUUAAAAACGCGACAUUAUAUCGUUAAUAGGCUUAUUUAGAAGCUGAUGGAUUCUGCAAUUUUAAUGCUUCAAAGUCAACUCGGGUUUGUUUGAAUGGAGUAUCUUAAUUAACUUAUCAUUUACCUAAUUUGUAUCUGCUUCAUGGUAUUUGAGACAAAAUCUGUGUUAGAUUCUGCAA